CAAUCUCAUUAUCAAUAAUGGCUGAGCUGUUCAUACCUUGAAAAAUUCCUACUUUCAUCGUCUUCUUCAACCCCCUCCAGACCCUUUCCUUUAUUGUUCCCUUUCCAUUCGCCACUCUAAUCAUCUAACAAUCCUCUUUCUUUUUUUCCGAAAGUUUUCGACAAAUUUCUUUUCGUAGAACACACAAUCUCAGGUUGCUGAUCAAAGAAGAGUUACACGAUCCGAUUGAGUCAAGAUAUUGGAACACGCUUAAGUUCGAUUAGAUGGGUAAUUGCUGUGCUGUACCCUCUACCUCCGAUACUGAGUUCGAGAAGAAAAAGGGGAAGAACAAACCGAACCCAUUUUCUUUAGACUAUGGUGGCUCGAUUCCGACUGGGAAUGGAUACAAAUCGUACGUGUUAGAAAAUCCAACUGGACAUGAGAUUGAGGAAACUUAUGUUCUUGGUAAGGAAUUGGGCAGAGGAGAAUUUGGCAUUACUUAUAUGUGUACAGAUAAGUCAACUGGUGAAAUUUUUGCUUGUAAAUCGAUAUCCAAAAAGAAGUUGAGGACUAGGGUUGAUAUCGAGGAUGUUAGGAGAGAAGUUGAGAUCAUGAAACAUAUGCCUACUCACCCUAAUAUCGUCACCUUGAAGGACACAUACGAAGAUGAUAGUGCUGUUCAUUUGGUCAUGGAGUUGUGCGAGGGAGGAGAAUUAUUCGAUCGGAUUGUUGCCAGAGGCCACUACACCGAGAGAGCCGCCGCCGGCGUCACACGCACCAUCGUCGAAGUCAUUCAGAUGUGCCACAAGCAUGGUGUUAUGCAUCGUGAUCUUAAACCCGAAAACUUUUUGUUUGCAAACAAGAAAGAAACAGCAGCUUUAAAAGCUAUUGAUUUUGGGUUAUCCGUUUUCUUCAAACCAGGCGAGAGGUUUAACGAAAUUGUAGGCAGUCCAUACUACAUGGCUCCUGAGGUCCUUAAAAGAAACUAUGGCCCAGAAGUUGACGUAUGGAGUGCAGGGGUAAUCUUGUACAUAUUGCUUUGUGGAGUCCCUCCAUUUUGGGCAGAAACCGAGCAAGGAGUUGCACAAGCAAUUAUUCGAUCAGUUGUAGAUUUUAAAAGGGAUCCAUGGCCAAAGGUAUCUGAUGCAGCUAAAGAUCUUGUCAAAAAGAUGCUAAAUCCUGACCCUAAAUUGCGUCUUACUGCUCAAGAAGUUCUUGAUCAUACAUGGAUACAAAACGCCAAAAAAGCUCCAAAUGUUAAUUUAGGUGAAACUGUUAAAGCAAGACUCAAGCAAUUCUCUGUAAUGAACAAACUCAAGAAGAGAGCUUUAAGGGUAAUUGCUGAGCAUUUAUCUGCUGAGGAAGUGGCGGGAAUUAAGCAAGGAUUUGAUUUAAUGGAUACAAGUAAGCAAGGGAAGAUAAACAUUGCUGAGUUAAAAGCAGGAUUACAAAAGCUUGGCCAACAGAUUCCUGAUGCAGAUCUUCAGAUACUUAUGGAUGCUGGAGAUGUUGACAAAGACGGGUUCUUGAACUAUGGAGAAUUCGUUGCAAUUUCUGUUCAUUUAAGAAAAAUGGGGAAUGAUGAUCAUCUUAAAGAUGCUUUUGCAUUCUUUGAUCAAAAUAAAAGCGGAUACAUAGAGAUUGAUGAGCUUCGGGAAGCCUUAUCUGAUGAACUUGAAACCAACAAUGAAGAAGUCGUUGCUGCCAUUCUUCACGAUGUAGACACAGACAAGGAUGGAAGAAUAAGUUUUGAAGAGUUUACAGCGAUGAUGAAGGCAGGAACGGAUUGGAGGAAAGCAUCAAGACAGUAUUCACGUGAGCGUUACAAUAAUCUUAGCUUGAAGUUAUUCAGAGACGGAUCGAUUAGGGAAAAGUAAACACUAAACACACAAUUAUGGUAAAGAAAAAAGGAUUAUUGUUCUAAUUUCUGGGCAUUUUCAAUUCAUUUCAUUUUUAUAUGUGAGAAAAACACACACUAUCUCUUUUUCGGGGGUAGGCUAAGUUUCUGAGGUGUUUAUUAUGUUCUUUUUUUUUUUUAAUUAAAUGUUUGUAAGAAGGGUUUUCUCGGGUUGUUUAUGGGUGUAAAUAUGUAUCUUGUUGGCAAAUCUUGCUUAUGUAAUUGUUCAAAGUAUAAAGGUUGGAGUUCUUAAGUAUAAAUAUCAUGAUAUCGAGGUUUUUUUA